UCUCCUCGCGCCCGGCACUGUCCGUUCCUGCGGUCCGUUACCCUCCGGAUACCAAAACCAAAGGGGACAGGCGCCUCCCUCCAGGCCCCAAGAUAUGCUCCAGAUAUGAGUCAGCAGGAUCCCUCAGCCCUCCCCUCGAGGCCGCAAUCACGGCCCUCCGCCCACACCUUCACUAUCCGCCAUUUAACCCCCGAAGAGGGGGAGAGGCGGGUAUCCAGCUGGCGCUGAUUUUCAUUGCCCACAGCUCCUUGGAUCCGUGGGCUUCCAAGGCAGAGAGCAUUCGCCCCGAGAACGUUGCAAUCUGCGGGUACCUGUGCAUCUUGCGCGUUGCGCCAGCGGGCUGGCUGUCCCCUAUUCACAAGAGCGGUAACAGCCAGUGCUGGAGCUGCAAAAACUGGGACCAGCCCUCCACUGGCCUCUGACUUGACCCUCCCCAGUGGCCUUGUGCUGCUGCGUCAGAUAUUCUCAGCUGCAACUCCCUGCAAGGUGGGGCACCCAUCUCAGGCAGAAGGUUUUGGUGCACCCCACGAUCCUUCUCCCCAGGACUGUCGCUGCCCGUGGCCUCAGGAUGAAAGGGGAGACCCCUGUGAACAGCACUAUGAGUAUUGGGCAAGCCCGCAAGAUGGUGGAACAGCUUAAGAUUGAAGCCAGCUUGUGCCGGAUAAAGGUGUCCAAGGCAGCAGCAGACCUGAUGACUUAUUGUGAUGCCCACGCCUGUGAGGAUCCCCUCAUCACCCCUGUGCCCACUUCGGAGAACCCUUUCCGGGAGAAGAAAUUCUUCUGUGCCCUCCUCUGAGCUGCCCUGUCCCUCCUCACAACUCUUCACCUUUCCCUCUCCCGGGCCCUUCCUCAUUUAUGUCAGGAACUGUGGUGAGCCCACUAGGGUCCCUGCAUCCCAUCCGUAGCCCUUUCCCAACCCUGUGAGGUUAGCUGAAGCACAAGGCCCUCCCUCACCUAUCUGCCGACCCCAUUUCCUCGCCCACUGAGGCGGACCCAAAGCACCCCGUGACUCGGGGCACCCUUAGCUCCACCCACAGAAGGGCUGUCAGACUCUGCCAGCGUCCUGCCCGCUUCCCUCUGUGACCCGCUCAGACAAUGGAGAGAGGGAUGGGCUGGGUGCUGGCUCUCAGUCUCACCUGGAACUAUUGGAAGUGUAAAGCCAUUUGAAGAAUAAAGUCAUCCAGAGUCUCAGA